UCGAACACCUGUCAUGCGCGAGCUGUGACUGCCAUUAUACUAGUACGAUACCUUGAUCCGUCUGAACCCCUAGCGAGAAGACUCGGAAAGUCAUCCUGAUUGCGUAGCUUCAUUGUGAGUCGUACCGGACGAUAGUGUACGGUGGAGUUGGAGACUGAACUGAGGUUUUGAAGAUUGGAAUGAGAAGGAUGAAAGACAGAAGAGAAGAAGAAAGAGAGAGGGAUGAGAGAGGGAUGAGAGAGGGGAACGGAAGUAUAAGUAGGCGGGAGGGGAGGGAGGGAGGGAAGAUGUGGAAACCCCCACCACCAUCACAUGUACAGUACUUCCACUUCUCUACCACUCACUCACUAACGUACCACUACCCUCUCACCGAAGCGCAGAUUCUCCGCUCAUCCGCGAUAAUCCCAAAGUCUAAUUGGGCUGGACCUCCCAAUGUCUCAAGAAUCCUGGCUGACCGCAGAAACAGCCAGGCUAUAAUAUCACACGGCGAACGGAAGGAUGCGCUGUAUUCAGGACCUACGAAUCGAGACGAGUCGACAAUAGUCAAAACUGCAAGCAUGCUGGGGCGAAGGCAAAGGACGGGCACAAGAUGCAGCAACUACAGAAUGAUGUGUUUCACAUAAUGGAAAUAAGUACUUGGGUGUCUGUUAGUAUCGUAUAGACAAUCGAUCAUGCGUCUCCAUUCAAUGAAAGCCGGUCAAGCGGGGA